AUGGGUAACCAGCCAGACAUAAUACCACGGCUGCAAACGCCACCUCAUCAACCCAAUGCAGGCGUGGCCAUGUCUCGCGAGGAAAUGGAAGCCAUUGUCGACUCUGCAUUUCCUCAAUCCAAGUUGACCAAUGUCUCGGCCGUUUCGACAUGCGACUCGUUCAACAACCGCAUAUACUUCCUCCAGGCUGACAACACGACAGAGGAGGUCGUUUUGAAAAUCAACGGACGAUAUUUCGGGCCAGCCAAAGUCCAAAACGAAGUCGCCUGUCUGCGGCAAUCAGAAAAACACUGCCCCCAAAUACCGUCUCCCCGAGUCCUCGCCUGGUCCGAGGACGGCCAAGCCGCCAUAUUCACAACCCCUUAUACAACGGGUCAGAUCGACGACUCACACUGCGGCAACCUCAAACUUUGCCGCGACGAUAAAGAUACACACGGCAUCACUAUCCAAGGCAUCGUCAUGGACAGCGUCGAACCGCCGGAGCCGCUGCGAACAGUAAACGCAUAUCAAAAGGUCCGGCUGGCAGAAAAGAUGAGAGAGCUCGCCACGAAGGACACAUACGCUCCCAACAGGCACCUACCGCCGAUUCUUCAAAACUUCGUCGAUAACCAGCUCCCGGACAUGACGCUGAUGCCGCCGCAGAAGCAAUCCGGUCUCUUUGUCUUUACUCACUACGACCUGACGCCACGCAACGUCCUCGUAUCUGGCCAGCCGCCGCAAAUAACUGGCAUUGUCGACUUUGAAUUUGCGGGCUUCUUCCACCCGAUGGAGGAGUUCCUGAACGACUGCAUCGACAACAGAGCCGACUGGCCGGCGGCUUUGUACGCGGCGUACCAGGAACGGCUGGAGGAGCAUGGAAUCGCAACUCCAGCCGGGUCCAUGGACCGCGAGGUUUGGAACAGAAACUAUUGGCUAGAGAUGGUGGUAAAUUACGUGGCUCCGUGGUGGCUUCCUGGGCAACACCAACGCCAUGGCCUGCUGGACGAGUUGAGCAGGGCCGAGGCCAUCGUUUUUGAUGCCCUGGAAAAGACGUUGAAGAGGCCGGGAGAGCAGACGCCUGUUCCGGCCUACGGGGCUUGA